AUGAGGAAUUUAUUCCAAUAUCCUGAAGUAGGUCUACCUCGCCUGAUCACGUGCAAUCGCCGUGAACCCCCUAAAAAGAUAGAAAGAUGCUUGAAGUUAAGCAUAGAAUCAAUGAAGCAAUACUUAGGAAAGGAAAAUACAAAUCUGGACAUACCAUCUUUCGAGCCGUAUUACUCGGAGUAUUAUCAGUUUAUCUCGAGAAAAGUAUUUAAUGGAACUGCGGACUUGACAGAUAUCACGGUACAAAAUCUAAGAAACUUUACGAUAAAUAAAGUCGAAGUUGACGCCAAUGUGUCUCGGAUUAAAUUAGAAGCGUUCUUUCCACUCAUAAAAUUUCGCGCUAUUUACGAUAUAGACGCUACGAUCUUGGGCAAAUACUUACGAAAAGAAGAACGCACAGUUAUGGGGAAUUUUACAGGCGUAUCAAUCAACGCCACAAUAGAAGGUGAAUAUCGUGUGAAGCCUAAAAACAAUGAAGAAUAUUUCAAAGUGAAUAAGGUUCCUGUGGAAUUGAGCAUGAAUGAAGCCACAAUCUACUUGAACAACAAAAGAAUAUUCGAUCCUUUACUACAAGAAAUAAAUUCUCUUCUGAAUAGCAACAGAAAAGUAAUCGCGGAAGAAAUAAUACCCAAACUCCAAACGGUUGCCUCCAAAAUUAUCCGUAGAAUCGCCAUUAAGAUGUUCUCGAACAUCCCAAUAAGAAUAUUAAUGCCAAGUCUUAACGUUUCCGAUGAUCAGGACGAUGAACUUUCGACUGACGGCUGA